AUUCAUCCGCGGCGAGUGGCCUCGCGGAGCCGGAUUCGUCGCUCUGCCGGGAGUGCGCUUGCGCGGUCGCCGGGGCUCCCACCUCAGCUUCCCCUCCCCCGGCCCCCUCGGGGGCUCCGAGCCCGGCGGGACCAUGUUCUCCAGCACCGGCUCCAGUGGGCUCUACAAGGCGCCUCUGUCGAAGAGCCUUCUGCUGGUCCCCAGUGCCCUCUCCCUCCUGCUAGCCCUCCUCCUGCCUCACUGCCAGAAGCUGUUUGUGUAUGACCUCCACGCAGUCAAGAACGACUUCCAGAUUUGGAGGUUGAUAUGUGGAAGAAUAAUUUGCCUUGAUUUGAAAGAUACUUUCUGCAGUAGUCUGCUUAUUUAUAAUUUUAGGAUAUUUGAAAGAAGAUAUGGAAGCAGAAAAUUUGCAUCCUUUUUGCUGGGUUCCUGGGUUUUGUCAGCCUUAUUUGACUUUCUCCUCGUCGAAGCUAUGCAGUAUUUCUUGGGCAUCACUGCAGCUAGUAAUUUGCCUUCUGGAUUCCUGGCACCUGUGUUUGCUCUGUUUGUACCAUUUUACUGCUCCAUACCAAGAGUCCAAGUGGCACAAAUUCUGGGCCCGUUGUCCAUCACAAACAAGACAUUGAUUUAUAUAUUGGGACUACAGCUUUUCACCUCUGGUUCCUACAUCUGGAUUGUAGCCAUAAGUGGACUUAUGUCCGGUCUGUGCUACAACAGCAAAAUGUUCCAGGUGCAUCAGGUGCUCUGCAUCCCCAGCUGGAUGGCAAAAUUCUUUUCUUGGACACUUGAACCCAUCUUCUCUUCUUCAGAACCCACCAGCGAAGCCAGAAUUGGGAUGGGAGCCACGCUAGACAUCCAGAGACAGCAGAGAAUGGAGCUGCUGGACCGGCAGCUGAUGUUCUCUCAGUUUGCACAAGGGAGGCGACAGAGACAGCAGCAGGGAGGAAUGAUCAAUUGGAAUCGUCUUUUUCCUCCUUUACGUCAGCGACAAAACAUAAACUAUCAGGGUGGUCGGCAGUCUGAGCCAGCAGCGCCCCCUCCUCUAGAAGUUUCCGAGGAACAGGUCGCCCGGCUCAUGGAGAUGGGAUUUUCCAGAGGUGAUGCCUUGGAAGCCCUGAGAGCUUCAAACAAUGACCUCAAUGUCGCCACCAACUUCCUGCUGCAGCACUGAUAGUCCCAGGCCAACACUGGGACCGGACCGGCCGCCGAAUGACAGGGUUCGCGUAGCUCACCCACUCUUGCUUCCUGCAAAUAUUGACACAAAAGCAUUGACACAGGCAUUCCCGGCAGAAGUUUGAAUACCUGAGAGCUCCCCCACCUCUUGUCGAGACACUGGGACUCUUCAGACUGAUGGCACCCGCGAGGAAGACCUGUGCAGCCAUGCCAACCAGAGGAGGGCGCCAGUGAGCCGCUUGACUCGGCUUCCUAAGGUCUAGAAAAGGUUUAGCCUUUGGAUUUUGUGUACACGGUAACAGAUUGGGCUUAAUUUUCGGGUGAGCAGAUUAUAGAUUGUGAAAUGAGAAAAGGAGGGAAGAUUGUCCGUAGUGACCCCUGCUCCUGACAUUAAGGAAAGCCUGCCUGUGAAGUUCCAAAUCAUAAAACUAGAGUGAGUUUGGGUUAGAAAGGUGGAGAUGUUAGGGAAAUUGAGUACAAAAUUGUGAACACACUCCAGUGUCAUUUAGAAUAUUCUGUGAGUCCCUGAGUUUAUGUUCCUACAGUUGUUCUUAAGUUGAAAUGGAAGUGUCUAAACCAUAGACUUAAGAAUUCUAUCUUAACCUGAGAGCUUACCUGAUAUUUAAUUUGUGAGAGUCAGGAGUAGUUUCUUCACUUCCAAGUUCCCCUAACCAAUAGCCAGUAGCGUUUUUGUAAAGGGGUGGACCAAGAAUGCCAAAAUGGGCUUUCCAGCUCAGACUAAAAUUCCAGCUCUAAGACUGAAAUCUUACACGCGAUGAAAAUUGCCAGAAGCAUGUGAAUUUAUAACCUGCCCAUACAGCCCUGUCUGAUGGAGAAACAACCCCACCAGCUACGUUUUAACAAUGCCACGAAUAGGCUUGGGAUUCAGGUAGAAGGGAUGGGGGAAGGGGUCACUGGAUGUUGGAAAUCAGUCUGAACAGAGGCGGGGACUAGAGAGCCAAAUCACAAGUCCUGCUCUUGGGAUAAUGGAGUGAAUCGGAAUUAGGAGAGAGGAGGGCUGAGGAUGGAACCCUGAGGAAUUCGGCAUCUGGAGAGGAGGAAGAGGCUGAGAGGCGGCAGGAGGAUCAGGAGAGGGCAGCUCAAGUGGGGACGUGGGAGAGUCAAGGGUUGGGGGCGCUACUGUUGGGAAGGGCAAGGGCAAGGGCCGAGUGGUGGUGGCUUCCAGAGGAAAUGUAAAGACUGGUGAGAAAGUGGAGGUGGGGCACAGGCUCAACAAGGACACUUGGCAGGGGGGAAGGGGAGAGCCAGGGACAGAGACCAUGAGAUCCAGGCCCAGAAUGGAGUGCACUCAGGAGCCAUGAAGCGGGGCACCACAGGAACCAGGAGCAUGCUUCGUUCAGUCACCUGGACCUAGAGGAAGGAGAAGAUGAAGGGCAAAAUGAGGAGUGAAGGCGAGGAAACUCCUGUCCUGGAGUCUUUAGCUCCCUAAUAGAGGAGGGCCUGGGGGCUAACAGAGAGCGGACGGACAUCUGCAAAUGAGAGAAGCACGAAGGAUCUACAUUGGCCAGAAACAAUGGCUUUGGCCUCUUUUUAAUUUUAUUUUAUUUUAUUUUAUUUUAUUUUUAUUUUUAUUUUGAGACACAGUUUCACUCUGUUGCCCAGGUUGGAGUGCAGUGGU